GGUGCAUCUUAAAGCUAAACUUGGUUAAAGUUACCCUUUGUCUUUUUUUCCAGUUCAACAUGUCAAAUAUGGAGAUAGAUAUGUACGAGAACUACAGUUAUGACGACUUGGUGUCCUCUAUGCCAUGUGUCAAGUCCCUAAAUGGAGUAAAUGGCACUGGGAUUGUUAUUAGCUACAUCAUUGUGUUCUUCCUCGGUCUCAUGGGGAACAGUGUAGUGAUGUUUGCCGUGGGCACCAUGAAGAAGCACAGAACAUCUACUGACAUCUACCUGAUGCACCUGGCAUUUGCUGACCUCCUAUUCUCGCUCACGCUGCCCUUCUGGGCCGUCUACAUGAAUAAAUCGCAUUGGGUUUUCGGCACUUUUCUGUGUAAGUUGCUCUCGGGUGUUCAGGAGGCAGCAUUCUACAGCUGUAUCUUCCUGCUGGCGUGUAUAAGCAUCGACCGAUACAUGGUCAUCGUCAAAGCCAAUCAGUUCCUCUCAAAGCAGCACCAUGUAGUGAGGUUGGUGUGUGUUUCUGUAUGGCUAGGAGCCACUGUGUUGUCCAUACCCAUCAUGGUUCAGAGAGAGGCACUGCAACUAGACGGCUACAGUGAGAUGCAUUGCUAUGAAAACAUUACAGCCGAGAAGCUGGAUGAGUGGCGAUUUGGAUUGCGAGUUGUCCGUCACGUCCUUGGCUUUUUCCUUCCUCUGACAGUCAUGCUGGUCUGCUAUGGCUACACAGCUGGAACCCUCUCUCGCUCACAUGAUAGCCAGAAACACAAAGCGAUGAGAGUGAUCAUGUGUGUGGUGCUGGCUUUUAUCAUAUGUUGGCUGCCUAAUAAUGUGACUGAUUUUGUGGACACAUUGAUGCGAGGGGGGCUUAUCCAGGACACAUGCCAGAAUCGAAGUAAUGUAGAUAUGGCCAUGUAUAUCACACAGGCUUUAGCCUUCAUGCAUUGCGCCAUCAAUCCCAUCCUCUACGCCUUUGUGGGCAAGAAGUUCAGAAAACAUCUGCUGACUUUGCUCUUUAAAAAGGGACUGGUGAAAAGGGAAGUGCUUGGUCGCCUUCGAGCUGGCUCAAUCUACAGCUCUGGAAGCACCAGACACACUUCUGUCACUUUGUAGAGCUUCCAUCGACCACCAAUAUGCUCACACAGAGCCUGGUGUUACUGCACUGCUAUAUCCAUCUGGUGCUGUACACUUUCACGGGAGAGAAGUUCAGAACGAUGGUCAACAAGACACAGCCGUUAGGGCACGGCAGGGCAGGCGUCAAGAUCCACCAGGUCCACCUUACAGACUUAAGAGUCAGGCUGGCCUUUGCUCCCUACAGACACAAAUGAGCCUGGAGUGCUCAUGAUCCUGUCAGCAGUUUAAUGGUAUAUAAUUGAUAAUCUGUGUUAAUGUUAUGUGUUAUUACUGAUAUGGUAUGGUAAGGUAUGGCUUACCCUAUUGUAUUUCUCAGAUGCAAAUAAAUUACAUGAAUAUUUUUAUUAAAUCUAUGCAAUUAUAUUAAUAAGGCUGAUGCACUCUUAGGUGGAUUUUAGGAGACAUGAUGGCACAGAUUUCUUUUCUAUCACCAAAUUUCACUGUAUUGAUAGAAUUGCUGAAAAAUACUUUAGUUCUUCUCCGACAGUUCCAAUGAAAAGAAAGAAUCUUUGGAAAUUAUAGUGUACAAAUGAUAUCCUAUAUAACUUGAUCUAGGAUUCUUUCUGUCUUGCGUAAGCUACCUGCAUAUCAAUCAUAUCCCUAAAUUCAGCUGACUAGUGGUGCUCAAACAGAAACACAAAAAAAGCAUCAUCCUUAAUGUAUUAUUUGGUUCAUUUCAUGUCUACAAUAAUAAAGUAUUAAAAUAUUAUCUUGGUUUUAACCCUGUAGUUGCUCACCACAGACAUGUUACUAGAGUAUAUAAUAAGAGAUGUUGUAUUGUUAAUGCUAAUAAAAAACAUAGUUAGUUGUAUAAUAAUAUACGUCCUGGUUAUAAUUUUAGACAAUAUUAAAAAAACAAUAUUAAUAAGCUGACAAUAGAUUCAGAUGUAAGCAGGAAAACAGAUCUGAGCAUUCAGACCUGCAGUGUUGACGUAUAUACUCUAGUGUUAUGUCUAUGAGAUACUUUAGUAUCUUUACUAGCUAUGCUUAAUGAUUUUUUAUGAACUAAUCAUUUGGGCAUCAUUUAUUUAUAAUAUUGUCAUUUUACUGUUACAAUACAAUGAGAACGCAUUAUGCAUUACAUCGUUCAACAUUUGCUAAUAUUUAGAAGGCAUUAUUUAUUAUUGCUCCGUUCUAUUUACAGUAAGUCCUAUUUAAAAUAGCAUAUUAAAGAGUCUAAGCCACUCUCUUUUUGUUGGAAAAAAACAUAGCAGGAUAAACAAAUAUUAUUUCACCCUUUGGCCGUAAUA